GGUUCAUUUGCAUUAGGUUUUAACAACUAGUGUUAAAUAAUAUAUGAUCUGGUUUCUGUUUAAUGUGUAUGAGAUAAAACACAGCCAUCAAUAUGUUGAUUAAAGUUAAGACACUCACGGGCAAAGAAAUAGAAAUUGACAUCGAGCCUACAGACAAGGUGGAGAGAAUCAAAGAAAGGGUGGAAGAAAAGGAGGGGAUCCCUCCACAACAGCAAAGACUCAUUUACAGCGGAAAACAAAUGAAUGAUGAGAAGACUGCUGCUGACUACAAGAUCCAGGGAGGAUCUGUCCUGCAUUUAGUUCUUGCUCUCCGAGGAGGGCAAAACCUGCACUGGCCCUGCAGUCACCCAGUGUCUUUCCUCUAAUCUAUUCUAUUAAGACUGCAAAUAGUAGAAAUCUGUGUUAUCAUGUAUGUCAAAACAGCAGAAUUGCCAAGAGGCUCUGGUGUUUAAAGCCAAAAGUGGACAUUUGGCUUCGCAUAAAUCACUGUCUAAAUCAUGUUAGCGUGAUCACAGCUGCUUGGGAUUGACAGUUUACAACCGAAAUGUUAGUUCAUGUUGAAGUUUGUUUUUGCCCUGUCAUUCUGCAAUAUAUGACCGUAUAAAAUUGUGCACUUAAAAACACAUUUGAUUAAGUUUUAAGAUGUAACUGCUCCCUUAUAAAGGCUCAUUAAGGAAAUUAGUUUGCAUUAUCUUGCUUUAAAAAAAUUAAUAAAUUCAACUCGUUCUCCUC